AAACUGUGUAGUUGUCAAUGUUUUGGACCCCACGCUACAUAGUUGAGUUUCAGAAGUUAGCCGAAACACACAAGUUACUGAACUUGUGUGCUUAAAAGUUCCCCUGACAAGAAGCUGGAUUAAUGCAAUCAAACGAGAGAAAGAAAUACGAUAGGUGUCAGCUGUUAUGACUGUGGUAAUCGGAUUCGAGGGCAGUGCCAAUAAGAUCGGCAUAGGAAUCAUCAGAGAUGGUGAAGUGCUUUCCAACCCUAGACGGACCUACAUCACUCCUCCCGGUCAUGGAUUCAUGCCGAGCGACACCGCCAGGCACCACCGUGCUGUCAUACUGACAGUCCUGAAGGAGGCUCUGGAGCAGGCAGGACUGAAGCCUGCAGACAUCGACUGUGUGGCAUACACCAAAGGUCCCGGUAUGGGUGCCCCCUUGGUGACGGUGGCUCUGGUGGCUCGUACAGUCGCGCAGCUUUGGGGGAAGCCGCUCCUCGGUGUUAACCACUGUAUUGGACACGUUGAGAUGGGCAGGCUCAUCACGCAAGCUAACAACCCCACGGUGCUUUAUGUCAGUGGAGGAAACACACAGGUUAUUGCAUACUCUGAGCGGCGAUACAGAAUAUUUGGAGAGACCAUCGACAUCGCUGUUGGAAACUGUUUGGACAGAUUUGCCAGAGUUAUAAAGAUCUCCAAUGACCCGAGCCCGGGAUACAACAUAGAGCAGAUGGCCAAAAAAGGGAGUCAGUAUGUGGAGCUGCCCUAUACAGUGAAAGGAAUGGACGUGUCAUUUUCUGGGAUUCUAUCCUACAUCGAGGAGGUUGCUCAUAAGAUGCUGAGCUCUGGUCAGUGUGCUGCAGAGGAUUUGUGCUUCUCCCUACAGGAGACGCUGUUCUCCAUGCUGGUGGAGAUCACAGAGAGGGCCAUGGCUCACUGCGGCUCCCAGGAGGUCCUCAUCGUCGGCGGCGUUGGCUGUAACCUUCGUCUGCAGGAGAUGAUGGGGGUGAUGUGUAAGGAGAGAGGAGCCAAACUGUUUGCAACAGAUGAAAGGUUCUGCAUAGACAAUGGCGCAAUGAUUGCUCAAGCAGGCUGGGAGAUGUUCAGGUCGGGUCAGGUGACAGAGCUAGAGGACUCAUGGAUCACACAAAGGUACAGAACAGAUGAAGUGGAGGUGACAUGGCGAGACUGAUGGAUGGAGCAAUGUCCUGGAGGGGUCCAUGUUGUUGCAAGCACAGCUGUUAUGAAAAGUGGGAUAGUUCCUUCUACUCUGCCACACUAAGCAGUUGGACUUGAAGAGAAACUAAUUCUUUAGAGUUUUCUGCUUAAGGCACUUGCUCUAUACAAUUUAGUUUGAGGGAACAUUACAUUUUUGGUCGUUAUCAGAAUAAAGCAAAUGAGUUCUUUUUUUUGGUUUAAGAUUUGAGUUGAGCGAGGGAGGGAGGGAAGACUUUCAGCCUGUGAAGCGGGAAAUGUUAAUUUCAUUAAAAACAAGACAAAAAAGACUUCAGUAGAACUUGACAAGUUUAUUCAAUUUUAUUAAGCAAUACUGUUCACUUACAUUCCUCCUCUUUCUCCAGUGUAAAUUUUUUAUUCAAUAUAUCUUUUCAAAAAAAUCAUCAUACUGAACACGGUGAGAUCCCUUAUGGAUUCAUGAGAAACAUUCACCCAAUUAGGGAACAAAAUAAAAACAAAGAAAAAGGAACACAGCAUUAAGAUCUGACAGGUAAAUAAAGGGUGAACUCUACUGUGCCUUUGACUACACCCCUUUGUAAACUGAAGACACGGAUACACACGUCCUCUGCAUUCAUUUACCAUGAAAACUCAAGCAGGUACAUGACAGACGCUGAUCCUAAUCAAGAAUGAAAGGGGGAAAAAAUAUUCUCUGGUGAGGGUUUCUUGCACACAGGGCUUGGUCACAACAGAUUCUUUUUCAACAAAGUGCUUGAUUGACCGCUCGCUUUACAGAGGACACAAAAAGUUUGAUAAAACUGCAGCAAAGGGAAAUUAAAUUACAGCUCAGAGAUUGUUUUUUUUUUUUAAAGAAAAGAAAAAAAGACCAGCUCUACAUAUACAAGCUAAAAUGGUAAUGUGAGGCGAUGACAACAGGUUUGAUUAAUUAAGGCAGGCUUUCUGUAAGGCGUUAAAAAAGUUCAUUGCUGUAAGAUCUCAAAGGAGUUAGUCCAAAGUGUCUCAGUGUGGCUUUGCGUGAAGACAUCAUCCUGAGUGCAGUGUGUGAACGGGACACAAAGUUGUCCAUUUUUACAUGUUUUUUUUUAUGUGCAUGUAGGUAUGUGUUGUGUCUAUGUUUAUGAAUGCUUUGGGUUUCUCACACUGCUAGGCUGGGUGUUCCUGGGUGUCCUUGUACCAGACCACUUUUUUUGGAACUGCAAAAAAAAGGAAAAAAGUUUGGGUCAAAAAUAUUGAAACGUACAGAAAUUGGAUAAAUUAAUAUAUAUUCCCUGCCACAUCAAUGAGUGUCUCAUUGUUUACAAUCAAGGACUCUUCAGUUUUGUUCAAGCUGACACUGUAGAAUAAAUGAAUGAAAACACAA